AUGGCCGCCACCGGCACCACCAGCCAGCAGCAGCCGGCGGCGGCGGUGGUGGACCCCAAGUUCGAGUGGGCGGAGAAGCCCGGCACCUACGUGCUCCGCCUCACCCUGACGGGCUUCAGGAAGGAGGACUUCCGCGUGCAGGUGGACGGCGCCGGGAGGCUCACCGUGCGCGGCACCAGGCCGGGCGCCUCCCUCCACAAGGUCUUCCAGCUGCCCUCCUCCGCCAGCCUCGACGACGUCGCCGGCCGCUUCGAGGCCGGCGUGCUCACGCUCACCGUGCCAAAGCGCGCCGGCACGGCCCCACCGACGAGCACCGAGGAAAUCAAGCAGAGUAAACCCGGUGGUGUGGCCAAGGAGGAGAAGGCCAAGCCGACGCCACCCGCAGAGGUCGACACCGCCAAGAAGAUGCCCGCCAGGCCGACGCCACCCACAGAGGUCGAUGGCGCCAAGAAGAUGUCCAAGGAGGAGGGUGCCGCCAAGCCGCCGCCGUCACCAACCUCCCACCGGCUGCCAUCCAAGGACAGCGGGGCUGGAAAGAAGGAGACCAACGGCGACAAGCAGCCGGCUAGCAGGGACGACGGCGGCGAGAAGAAGGAAGCCGUCGUUGGCACUGAGCCCAAGGAGAGCACGCUUGGUAAGACGACACGCCAGGUUGCGGAGUAUGUUCACCGCAUGGAGGAGGAGAGCAGACUCAAGCAAAUUGAGCAUAAGCCGGCGCCGGCGGCGAAGAAGGAAGAAGAAGUGAAGCCCAAGGCACCCCAGCCAGCAGCAGCCGCGACGACACCAGAGAAGCCGGCGCCGAAGCCAGAGGUUGCCAACGGCGAGAAGGCCAAGGCGGCGGUUGACCCGGAGACGACGAGGCGGCGCGGCGAGGAGGAGAGGGCCAAGGCUGCUUCCGCGGCGACGGCCAUGGAAACAAAAGCGGAGCAGGCGAAGAAGGCGGUGGCGUCGACAUGCGCGGCCUGGAAGGAGCGCAUCGCCGGGGAGCUCAAGGGGCUGGCGGACAUGAAGUGGGCGGACAACGCGGUGGAGACGGCGAGGAGGAACAAGGAGGUGGUCGCCGUCGGCGUCGCCGCCUUCUCCAUCGGCUUCCUCGUCUCCCAGAAGCUCUUCAGGAAGUGA